CUUCUUGGGGCAGUUAAACGACCAACUUUUAGCGGGCAUGGCGCUGGGGGCGGGCGCUUGGUGACCCUGGCACUAACUUUGUUUCAGGAACUGGGCGAAGCCUCGGCACUCCGGCGGUCCCGGGGAGAGUUUGGGGCGUGCACCGUUUCCCCUCCGGCAAGAGCACGGUCUGUGGAGCCGAGCUGAAGGAAGGCACAGGGAGAGGCGUGGUGUGGGAAGAAAAACGCCACCCAGCCCGGAGGAGGCGUCCCGGGUCCAGCGGACAGGCGGCUGGCGGCUGGCGGCGGCGGCGGCUGGGAGAGACGGACUCCCUCCAGCCGCCAAGAUGAAUAGUCUGUCCUUCGAUGAGACGGCCUUGGAUCCCUCCCUGGCCCUGGGCGAGUCCAGUGACAUCGACUCGGCCCUGCUCAGUGACAUCGAAGAUAUGCUACAGCUAAUCAACAACCAGGACAGUGACUUCCCCAGCCUCUUUGACUCCAGUUAUGGGGGGUCUGCCCCCCCCUUCCAGGAUGUUGGCUCUUCUGGGGGCCUGUCCCCGCCCCCCAGCUCUCUCGGCUCCACCCUCGACACCUUUUUAGGGAGCAGCACCAAGGCACCCCCGCAGGUCAAGAUGUUCCAGGCCACGGCUCCCCCCCCUCCUCCGAUGACGGGCUUCCAGCCCCCGCAGCUGAUGGCAGGUGCUGACCUGAGUCAAGCCUCCUCUGGCAUCAAGGAGGAGCCCAUGCAGCUCUCCAUCCUCCAGCCUUCUCCCCCUCAGCUUCUCCCUCAGCCCGUGCUGGUCCCGCCACCACCUCCCCAGCCCCAGCCCCCGCCCCAGCCCCAGCCCCCGCCGCAGCCCCAGGAGCUACAGCCACCAGCAGUCCUGGUGCCCCAGAAUUUUGCUCCUCCUUCCCAGCCUCAGUUUAGCCCUCCAUCUCUUCUGGACUACCAGAGUCAGGGCAGUUUCCCAGCAGCGGCUCCUCCGGGGAAUGUCCAGCAGCCCCUGUCUCCUCAAGGGGCAGUGCCGGUCACCAUCCAAACCCAGGUUCAGAACCUCUGCCCACAGCCCUUGCUGACGACACCCACCCAGGUUGUCUCCUCCCAGAUCCAGCAGGUCCCCGUACUGCUCCAGCCUCACUUCAUCAAGGCUGACUCACUGGUCCUGACAGCUGUGAAGGCUGAUGUGGGCACAGGAGUGAAGACAUCGGGGAUCAACUCACUGGCCACCACCACGGCAGUGCAGUCUGCUCCUCUGCAGGUCCCGACCCUGGUGAGUGGAGGCACCAUUUUAGCCACUGUGCCCCUGGUGGUUGAUGCUGACAAGCUGCCCAUCAAUCGUCUUGCUGCUACAGGAAAGACCCCCAACUCCCAGAGCAAGGGGGAGAAGAGAACCGCUCACAAUGCUAUCGAGAAGCGUUAUCGAUCCUCUAUCAAUGACAAGAUUGUGGAACUCAAAGACCUGGUAGUGGGCACUGAGGCCAAGCUAAACAAAUCAGCCAUCCUGAGGAAGGCUAUUGACUACAUCCGGUUCCUGCAGCAGACCAAUCAGAAGCUAAAGCAAGAGAAUUUGACUCUCAGGAUGGCCAUGCAGAAGAACAAAUCCCUGAAAGACCUGGUGUCAUCACGAAGUAGUGGGAGCAUGGACGUACCGAUGGAGGUUAUCAAGCCGGAGAUGAUGGAUGCACUGACCCCACCACCCUCUGAUGCAGGCUCCCCCUCCCACAGCAGCCCCCUGUCCCUGGGGAGUGGUGGCAGUGGCAAUAGCAGUGAUUCAGAGCCCGAUAGCCCGCUCUUUGAAGACUCCAAGGUGAAGCAGGAACAUCUCCCCUCUCCCAACAGCCUGGGCAUGCUGGACCGAUCACGCUUGGCCCUGUGUGCCUUUGUCUUCCUCUGCCUUUCCUUCAACCCUCUGGCCUCCCUUCUGGGCAGGAACAAUGGCCAGAGCCAGGGAGACAACACCUUUGUCUACCACAUACGCAGCAUGCUAGGCACAGAGAACAAAGGUAGCCCCAGCUGGUCUCAGUGGCUACUGCCCACUUUGUUUUUCUGGUUGCUUAAUCUGUUGGUGGUCGUGGCGGCCUUCAUCCGCCUCUUCAUCUAUGGCGAGCCCAUCACCAGGCCCCACUCAGGACCCUCGAUCUUAUUUUGGAGACACCGCAAGCAGGCUGAUUUGGAUCUGGCCCGGGGGGACUUUGCCCAGGCCUCCCAGCACCUGUGGCUGGCCCUCCGAGCCCUGGGCCGGCCUCUGCCCACCUCCCACCUGGACCUGGCCUGCAGUCUGCUCUGGAACCUCAUCCGCCACGUUCUGCAGCGGCUCUGGCUAGGCCGCUGGCUGGCCGACCGCGCGGGGGGCCUCCUCCGGGACCGCGAGCUGCAGGCCGACGUCCGCGCCAGCUCCCGGGAUGCUGCCCUCGUCUACCAUCAGCUGCACCAGCUGCACAUGACAGGCAAGUACAGCAGCGGCCCCCUGGCCGCCCUCAACCUGGCCCUGAGCGCCCUCAACCUGGCCGAGUGCGCCGGCGGCUCCAUCUCCGCGGCCACCUUGGCCGACAUCUACGUGGCUGUGGCCCUCCGGGUCAAGACCAGCUUUCCUCGCGCCCUCCAUUUCCUGACGCGCUUCUUCCUGAGCAGUGCCCGCCACGUGUGCCUGGCCCAGAGUGGCACCGUGCCCCCCGCCAUGCAGUGGCUCUGCCACCCCGUGGGACAUCGCUUCUUUGUGGACGGAGACUGGGCAGUGAGGAGCAGCCCUCGGGAGAGCCUCUACAGCUCCGCCGGGAGCCCAGUGGACCCCCUGGCCCAGGUGACGCAGCUGUUUCGGGAGCAUCUGCUGGAGAAAGCCCUGGGCUGUGUGGCCAAGCCCGAGCAGAGCCCGGCGCCGGCCGACGGGGACAGAGAGUUCUCGGACGCCCUCGGCUACCUGCAGCUGCUGAAUGGCUGCUCCGACGCGGCCGGGGCCCCCCUCGCCUUCUCCGGCGGUCCAGGUGUGGCCACCACCCCCGGGACCGACCUCGUGGCCAAGUGGUGGGCGUCCCUCGUCACGGUGGUCAUUCACUGGCUGCAGCGGGAUGAGGAGGGGGCAGAGUCUCUCUACCCCAUGGUGGACUACAUGCCGAAGGCCCUGCAGGCUUCCGAGAAGCCCCUGCCUCGGGCCGCCCUGCACUCCUUCAAGGCGGCGAGGACGCUUCUGGGGAAGCAGAAGCAGGAGCUCGGCCAGGCCAGCCUGAGCCAGUGCGAGAAGGCCAGCAGCUACCUGCGGGACAGCCUGGCCGCCGGGCCCUCUGCAGCCGCUUCUAUCGACAAGGCCAUCCAGCUCCUGCUGUGCGAUCUGCUCCUGGUGACCCGCACCAGCCUGUGGCAGCAGCAGGUGGCGGCCGCUCAGCCCCCCGGCUGUGGGCACCAGGCCUCGGCCCUGGAACUUCGAGGCUUCCAGCAGGACCUCAGCAGUCUUCGGCGUCUGGCACAGUCCUUCCGGCCUGCCAUGAGGAGGGUGUUCUUACAUGAAGCUACCGCUCGACUGAUGGCUGGAGCCAGCCCCACUCGGACUCACCAGCUCCUGGACCGCAGCCUGAGGAGAAGGGUGGCCCUGAGCAGCAAAGGAUCAGGUGAGCUGGACGCUCGGCCCACCCAGAGGGAACACGCGGAGGCCCUGCUGCUCGCCUGCUGCUAUCUGCCCCCGACCUUCCUGUCGGCGCCGGGCCAGCGAGUGGGCAUGUUGGCCGAGGCCGCCCGGACCCUGGAGAAGCUGGGAGACAAGAGGAUGCUCCACGACUGCCAGCAGAUGAUUAUCAGACUGGGCAGCGGCACCACUGUCACCUCAGGGUAGCCCUGGGCCCCACUGCCGACCUUUGAACCCGGUUGCCACGGCGACGUCCCCAAGGCCCUCUGGUCCCAGAGAUCCCUUCCCUUCUUUCUCCAUCACCACCUCCACUGGCCCAGCAGGACCCGCAGCAGCCAGCACUUCUCCAGACCUCUGCUCUCCCCCAACCCAGAGAAGCCACCGAGUCACAGAACAAAUCCGGGACCAUCCCUUUUCUUCUCCGCAAAGGAACCCCCUUUCCAGCUCUGAAUCUGACCCUUUCAAAGGGCCCAGACCCAUCCCCCUGGGGCCGGGGCGGGGGCGGGGCAGAGCGGAGGAAUUUUGUCUGGGUGAUUCGGCCCUUUGCGGAAGGGGCCGCAGCACUCUCCUUCCCCACCUCCCUCCCCUCUAAUCACUGGGUAUUGAAUCCCGUGAUUUACUGUGUUUAAUGGGCCGCAGCUAAUGAAAACUUGCCUUCUCCUCAGUAAUGGGCCCUCAGAUGGUGGCUGAGGAGGGGGUGGGGGUGCCCACAGGGGCCCCAGAGGCUGGGAAAAGCCAGAAAGGGGCCAUAGUUUUCCCCAGUUGGCUUCCUGGUAGGCAGCAGGAUGAGAUGCUGCUGACCUCUGCUGGUCCCUUGGGAGAUUGCAGGGUCUUGUGGAGGGCCCGUCCUCAGUGCUGCCUUCAAGCUGCUCCCAAAGCCUGGACGUCCCCAGUUCAAGUCCCACCUUUGACCCAUAGUGUGCUCGGCACCCUGGUCCUUCUACCAAGCCCUCGGGGGGAGGGGGGGUUCCUAUCUCGAUGAAAGCACGGACGCCACCCCGAAUGGCUGCUUCGUCUCCGUGCAGCACCUAGUGUGUUCUGUACGACUCCCCCUCUCCCCUUUUUUGGGGGAGGAAGUCCCUGACCUCAAGGCGUCCAGGAGGGUUUGAGGGAAAGAAAGGCCUUUCAUGACCGGAGGAGAACCCCUGGGUCCAGAGGCCUAUUCGCCCCCCUCCCCCGCCCCCCCCAGUUCUCUCUGGGUGUCUUCACAUGCCAAAAUAACGAGGGGGCUGAGGGGCUCCUGACCCCCACCUGUGGGCAGCCACAUGUGCCCGCAGGGGAGACCCUUUCCCACUUUAUCCUCAUUCCUCAGGCUCUGCCACCAGAGUAGAUUCCCCCCGUUUCCCCCUUCCCCCUGGGGCUGGCCCACACCCUUGCCAAGGUCUCUGGUCUCAGGCUACCACGCCCCCCCCCCCAGAUGAGGAGGGAGCAGGUCGGGGGCCUUGUGGCUGACCCUGUACAUAUGUAUAUAUUGUCACUACAUCUCCUUGCCACUGCACUAGCCUCCCUGAAGUCUUGGGAGACGCCUGUACUACUUUUUUCCUUGGCAAACUUUUAUUUUCAUAGUGUGAGAAGAGUUUUGUACAGAAAAUUAAAAGGAGAAAUUAUUUAUAAUUUGGGUUCGAUUUUUGAAGAAAUCAGGCUGUGCCCUGUAGUGGACGGGGCCCAGCAGGUCAGGCAGGUCCAUCAUCACCAUCUUCGCCAUUUCAGACUGAGCCCCGGCUCUUCACUCUCCGGGCAGGGGCUGGACUAGGCACGACUCGGGGCUUCCUUCCAGCCCUAUCACUUUUGGACUGAUUUCCAGACUUGUCUGGAUUGGGGGUGAGUCAAGAGAUUCCCAUAUCCACCCAUCCAUCCUUCCAUCCAUCCAUCCUUCCAUCCAUCCAUCCAUCCAUCCAUCCAUCUAUCCACCCAUCCAUCCAUCCAUUCACCCAUCCUUCCACCCAUCCAUCCAUCCAUCCAUCCAUCUAUCCACCCAUCCAUCCAUCCUCCCAUCCUUCCACCCAUCCAUCCAUCCAUCCAUCCAUCUAUCCACCCAUCCAUCCAUCCAUCCAUCCAUCCAUCUAUCCACCCAUCCAUCCAUCCUCCCAUCCUUCCACCCAUCCAUCCAUCCAUCCAUCCAUCCAUCCAUCCUUCCAUCCAUUCACCCAUCCAUCUAUCCACCCAUCCAUCCAUCCUCCCAUCCUUCCACCCAUCCAUCCAUCCAUCCAUCCAUCUAUCCACCCAUCCAUCCAUCCUUCCAUCCAUCCAUCCAUCCACCCAUCCACAUACUUCAAAGAAACCUUCAGACUCCAAGGAAGGGGAUGCAGCCCAGGAGACCCUGCAGAGCUUCUGCUUCCUCUGUAGGGGGACCUUUAUAGGGCAGUCAGGAGUUCAGCAACAGACAGCUUAGGGAGAACUGGGGGGCGGUGAGUGGGGAAACUGAGGCACCGGCAAGGGUCUGGCACACAGCCGUGUCUGCACUUCAACAUCUCAUUUCCUAAGCCUGUGGAAUACAUCCCCCUCCCUCCACCGAAGGCCAAACCAGCUUGGGCCUGGAAAGCUAGCCCUUGGCUCCUAAAUUCUCCCAGGAUCCUCUGCUGGUUGGACAGCAAGAGAGCUUUGCUGGGUGAAGUAAAACUGGAGAACCUUGGCCAAGGCUGGGGGCUGUUGGAAGGGCUUCCUGCAGGCCCUCUGCUGGAGGUUGGGGACAGACUUUCUGGCCCUGAUGGACCUAAGGUUGCUGGGCUGGUUACUGGGGCUCUUCCUUGGGCUUUGGGGGGACCAAAGCCUGCCAGCAAUGUGAGGCCUCCCUUUCCCAAUCCUAGAUUCUCGGUGGGCUUCCACCCUCUUUGGGUGACUGACGGGAGGCCGCCUGGGCGCUGUAGGCCCCCCCAGCUCUCCCCAGGGCAGGGGCAGAGCUGGGCUCCUCUUCAUCGCCUGCCCCCACCCUCCCUUCCGCCAUCUUGCUGCCAGGAAGAAGGGAGGAGAGGUUAGAGGCCACAAGUCCAUGCCCGAAGACUUCCAAAACAAUUGUUGUAUCUUUAUUGACGGUUUUUUUAAUGCAAUGACCUGUUUUUUUCUUUUUUUUUACUCUUAAGGAAAAUAAACAUCUUUUAGAAACA